AUGCGCGGAUGGAGCGAUUGUCCGCUGGAAAUUCAGCAGGAAAUCAUCAAAAAAUUGGAGCUUCGAAGCAGGUAAACUGUCUGAAAAUUGCCGACGCAAUUCUUCUCGGAUUUGUUCGAGAAAUUUUUCAAAAAAAGUGCCUUUUUCGUGUUGAAAAGAUUUUUUUCGCUUGCUUUCACCUGAAAAUUGGAUAAUUCAACAAAAAACGACAAAUUUCUAUUUUUCAGAUUCCGCUUCCGCCACGUGGCUAAAUCGGUGAAAAAUGUCGUCGAUUCGACACCGCUCUUCGUGCAAAGAGUCCGUUUUUGCGCGCAAACGGCCGACGAAGUCUACAUUGCCUUGUUUCUCGGAAUCGAGAAACAAAUCAAUUUGAAAUUCGACAAGGCGCCGAACGGACAGACGCGGCUUAUAGUGUGAGUCCCCGACUGGCUCAAAAUAAUUCAAAAUAUUCAUUUAUUUUCAGAUUCGGAAGCUCUGUUCCCAAAAAGGUAGUAAAUCUGUUCUCGACCAACGAGGUGCCGGUUCUUCUGGCCACAAAAGUGAUUAUAAACCUGGCGGCGCACCGUCAAACCCUUCUGGGCGGUCUCGAAGUGUUUAUGGAGCUCGACGCGCGGGCCACGUGGCGAAUCGAGGAACUUCUCGAGGGCUCGCAAUUCCGGACUCUGCUCAUAAAAGUGCCGUGUAAACGUCGGGCGCACUUGUUUGCUCUUCGCUGCACGGUAGCUGAUCUGCAGGAAUUUGUGAUUCAAACCAAGAUUGACGAUGAAUUGCCGAUCCCCAACGGUCAGGAAUUCGCACGUCCGGUGGGACCGGGCCGAUCCUAUUGCAAACAGCUGAAAUUUCGGACGAAGAACGCAGCGGAUCGAUUGAGCAAGAGUCCUUUUUAUGGUCGUCCGACGAUUCCCCGUCUUUGUAAGUUUUUUGCCGGAAGAAUGUAAACAAUAUUUCUUAAUUAAGUACAAAUGUUCGAUAAUUCUCCGUAUUUUCAGCCAACUCGUACAUGACUAACGAGGAAGUGCGCGAGCACUACGACGGAUACGUGAACGACGUGAAACGAAUGGGAAAAGUGGAGCGUCGGUGAGCGAAAAACAUGCAACAUCUGCAAAAAGUAUAUUUUUCAGCGGGCCUGACGACGAAAUCAUUCGGUGCGCGUUCGGCAUCGCGUUUCUGUACAUGAGGACCACCAAGUGCGGACGACUACUUCGAAAUACGGAUCGGGAGAUAGAAGAGGAGGUUUUUUGUUGAAACAUUUACGAAAACAUCUCAAUUUUUCAGAACUUUGAUGGACAUUGUGAGCUGCGUUGGGCUUGUCAAACUCACGCGGAUCCGUUCGACUUCUGGUAUCACAGAAACAUCUGGAAGGUGAGAUUUCAGCGCCUAAAAUCUCUUCCGAAAUCGAUUUUCAGGACAAAGUUCGGCGGGGCGGAGUGGUUGUCGAGAGCUCCGACGAGUUCGUUCCGACGCUCGACGGAUACUGCUUCUUGACCGAGAUGUUCCAACAAUUCGCAUGUGAUCGCAACACGUGGAAGCAACUUCCGAUCGAACUCGCAAAACUGCCGAAUUUGUUGAAUAAGCUUCCGAAUUUUGCAACAAAAAAGUCGGCCGAUUCUAAGGUAAUACUGAAGCGUUUGUGAAAAUUACGAGAAAUUGUCAUUUCUUCCAGAAAACUAAAAAAAAAGCCGCAAAAAUCGCGAAGCCGAAAGUCGAGCCGAAGCAAAAAUUGAUCAAAGCGAACACGAUCAAUUCGGAGCGCACCGCUCAAAUCGGAACUAUUGAGAGAAUCAUGAUAAUUUUCGCAAUCUGUUCUCUUAUCUUUGCUGUUUUGUUUGUUCUGUUUUAAUUAAAAUGCGUUUUUUGAAAGAAAAAUGUUUAAUUGUACAGUAUAAAGUGUUGCGAAGUUCUCAAAUGUUUCUGCGAUUGCGCUUCGGGUCUGACGCAACAUGUGCGUGUGGCUUACCUCUACUUUUCAAAACCUUUCUUUUUCAGAAACUUCCCGAAUUGCACUUAUGGAAUCCGCUGCCGUUUAUCCAUCCACCGUGCCGUUUCGACCGUUUCUGCACGAAGAAACACUGUCCAUUCACUCAUCACGGAACCGGCGGAGUUCAAACUGGAGUCAACCUGGAGUCCUCUCACUUCGAACCGAGUUUCUGCGCUCUUGAAGACACCCGAAGUGCUUCCCAAGCCGACUGUUCGUGGAGCUCUCGGAAAUCUCGCAGAAAAGUUGGCCGCUUCAAUCAAGAGGAAGGGCUCUCCAACCGAAAAGAAGGAGCAGAAGACUGAGGAAAAUGAGAAGAAGGAGGGGGAAGCGGAAGCGUCGAAAGAAUUGACUCCGCCGAAGGAUGGUGCCAAUUCGAUCAAGCAGCCAACUAGCAAAUCACUUCCAGAGUAAGAAAAUUACAAAUUCUCAGUAGAAAACAAUCGUUUAAGGUUUCAGAAUCGCUUCUCUCGAGAAUAUGAUUCCGUGCCGCAAUCCGGUUUGCCACUUCAAACAUCUGAAGAAAUGCAGCUUCGGAUUCAACUGCCGAAACACCGGCUGCUUCUUCUUCCACAAGCCGGCCGCUGCUGCUGCUGCACCGACUGCGCCGGUCAUCGACAACGAGCCAUCAACCAACUUACACGUGGAGAAGAACUCGGUCCGUCUUUCUGAGAAACUUCAAUUUCGUCACUUUUCCGAUGCUCGUAAAGAUGAGCAAAUCGACGGCAUCAUUGGAGCUUGUCUUAAGACUGACUCGCGGAAUGUAG